UUUAAAAAUCAGUUUGUUAAUAUUAAAUAUUUGCCAUAAGUUUCAAAAAUCGAACUGAGGCAAUAAAUUCGUGUAACUAAAAUUAGCUAAAUAUUUUGCUGCUUUCAUACAGGAGGAACCCACCCCCUUGAAGAAAGUGGACUGGCUUCAAUUUUGUGCACAUGCGCAGAUUUUCUUGCUGCGCACCACGUGGGUAAAUUAAACGUGUUGAUUCUGUUUAUAGUUUUGAACAGUUUAGGAGAACCUUGAAGCUGAAUUUGUCUGUGCAAUAUGUUGUUUAACAAAGAUAACCCGUGGAGACGGCUCGAAGGAGUAUCAUUUGGUAUAUAUUCGGCUAAUGAGAUAAGGAAACUUAGUGUAAAAGCCAUAACUAAUCCGCAGUAUCUGGAUAAUAUGGGAAACCCAGCCCCAAAUGGCCUUUAUGAUUUGGCCUUGGGGCCUGCUGACUCAAAAGAAAUAUGUACUACUUGUACUCAGGACUUCCACCACUGUCCAGGCCACUUGGGGCAUAUUGAACUGCCACUACCAGUGUACAACCCUUUAUUUUUUGAUAUUUUGUACUUGCUAAUACGAGGUUCUUGCCUGAACUGUAAUAUGCUAACUUGCCCCCGGGCAGCUAUUCAUGUGUUGCUGAACCAGUUGAAACUUCUGGAAGCUGGCAUUAUCAAUGGAGUUUAUGAACUUGAAGAGACACUGGGCAGGUGUCUGGCAUCAAAUCCAAAUAUGACUGGAAAUGAGAUUCAGGAACUACUGGAUGAUUACUCUACAGACAUUCUCAAAAGAUUGCCAGUGGGAAUACAGCUCUGCAAUGUGAAAAAUAUAUGUGACUGUAAAAUUGUUUUGAUUAAACAAUUUUGGAAGAGACAAAUGACAUGCAGAAAGUGCCCUCACUGCAAUACCUCCAAGGGCGUAAUUCGGAAAGAACACAAUAGCAAAAUAACUCUGAAUUAUUCUUUUCCUGCUAAAAAAUCCUCAAAGAAAAAUCGGGGCAAAAAAAAGGAUGACAAUGAAGAUGUUGAUGAAUCAAGUUCAGCAAAACGAAGUUAUCUUACUCCUAGCACAGCAAAGCAGCAUAUAAUGGAGCUAUGGAAAAAUGAAGGUUUCUUUCUAAAAUGCCUCUUUUCAGGGAUAGAAAUCUGUUCCGGUUCCAAAGAGGGGUUUGAACCACACAUGUUUUUCUUGGAGGUUCUUGCAGUUCCUCCUUCCAGGUACCGACCAGUCAACCGACUUGGUGAUCAGAUGUACACUAAUGGACAAACAGUAAACAUGCAGGCUGUUAUGAAGGACUCUACAGUAAUCCAGAAACUGCUAUUUCUAAUAGCACAAGGCAAAGAUGAAGUCAAAGAAACUGAAAACAAAGAGAUCGAAGAACAAUCUUUAAAUGAAAAAGAUACUACAUUCCUCAUUACAAUUCCUGGACAGACAUUGUCUGAUAAGCUUUACAACUCUUGGAUUCGACUUCAGAGCCAUGUCAAUAUAGUUUUUGACAGUGACAUGGAUAAGUUGAUGACUGAUAAAUACCCUGGUAUACGACAGGUAUUAGAGAAGAAAGAAGGUCUUUUUCGAAAGCAUAUGAUGGGAAAGAGAGUUGAUUAUGCUGCUCGUUCUGUAAUAUGUCCAGAUAUGUACAUAGGAACAAAUGAAAUUGGCAUACCAAUGGUAUUUGCCACAAAACUGACAUAUCCUCAGCCAGUUACACCUUGGAAUGUGCAGGAGCUCCGACAAGCUGUGAUUAAUGGUCCUAACAUCCACCCAGGUGCUUCUAUGAUAAUUAAUGAGGAUGGAUCUCGCACAGUGCUUAGUAAUUCCAGUGUGGAACAGAGAGAAGCCAUUGCUAGACAGCUGCUCACUCCUUCCAUUGGGCAGCACAAAAUGGCAAUGAAAGUUGUGAACCGGCACAUUAAAAAUGGAGAUGUUUUGUUGCUGAAUCGACAACCAACUUUGCAUAGGCCUUCUAUUCAAGCUCACCGUGCCCGUAUCCUGCCAGGGGAAAAAGUGUUGAGAUUGCAUUAUGCCAACUGCAAAGCUUACAAUGCAGAUUUUGAUGGGGAUGAAAUGAAUGCACAUUUCCCUCAAAAUGAACUCGGAAGAGCGGAAGCCUAUAUGUUGGCAAGUACUGAUGAGCAAUAUUUGGUACCCAAGGACGGUACACCUUUAGCAGGCUUGAUUCAGGAUCACAUGAUUUCAGGGACCAGCAUGACAAUUCGAGGAUGCUUCUUCACUAGAGAUCAGUACAUGGAACUGGUAUACAGAGGACUAAUUGACAAAAGGGGGAGAGUAAAGACAUUCCCACCUGCUAUUAUGAAACCCUUUCCCAUGUGGACAGGUAAACAGGUUGUUUCCACUCUCCUUAUAAAUGUAAUUCCUGAAAACCAUAUUGCACUCAAUCUCUCUGGAAAAGCAAAAAUUCCCUUGAAGGCCUGGGUCAGGGACCAGUCUCGCCCUGUUAUUGACUAUGACUCUGAAUUCAUGAGUGAGACAAAGGUGAUAAUUCGAGGAGGAGAGCUGUUAUGUGGUGUUUUAGAUAAGGCUCACUAUGGAAGCUCACCUUAUGGACUUAUUCACUGCUGUUAUGAGCUGUAUGGUGGUGAAACAAGUGGCAAGCUUCUAACCUGUCUGGCUCGUCUUUUCACUGCAUACCUACAACUGUACAAAGGUUUUACAAUGGGUGUCGAAGACAUUCUGGUGAAAAAGAGAGCUAAUUCAAAAAGAGAGAAGAUCAUUGCUGAUUCUACAAAAUGUGGUAACAGGGCCCUUAGAGCAGCAUUUAAUCUCUCUGACUGUACUUCUGUAAUUGAGGCAAGAGAUAAAUGGGAAGAUGCCCACCUUAGUAAAGACCAGCGAGACUUCAACAUGGUGGACUUAAAAUUCAAAGAAGAAGUUAACCAAGUCAGCAACAACAUCAAUAAGGUCUGCAUGCCUCUUGGGCUACAUAGAAGGUUUCCAGAAAACAACCUCCAGAUGAUGGUGCUGUCUGGAGCUAAAGGCUCUACAGUAAAUACUAUGCAGAUUUCAUGUCUUCUUGGGCAAAUUGAGUUAGAAGGCCGCAGACCACCAUUGAUGCCUUCUGGGAAAUCUCUGCCUUGCUUCCAGCCAUAUGAUGCGACUCCUAGAGCAGGGGGCUUUGUGACAGGAAGGUUUCUGACUGGAAUUAAACCACCUGAAUUCUUUUUCCAUUGUAUGGCUGGAAGAGAGGGCCUUGUAGAUACGGCAGUUAAGACAAGUCGAUCUGGUUACUUGCAAAGGUGCAUUAUAAAACAUUUGGAAGGCCUGGUAGUACAGUAUGAUCUGAGUGUGCGAGACAGUGACGGCAGUGUGAUUCAGUUCCUGUAUGGUGAAGAUGGACUAGAUAUACCAAAAACAAAGUUCCUUCAGCCCAGUCAGUUUCCUUUUAUUAAGGACAACUUUGAGGUGAUAAAAAAAGCAAAAUGUUCUGAAGAAGCCUUAAGCAAAAUGGAUAUUUCAACCGCAUACAAACAUUGUAGGGCAGUUAAAAAGUGGAAAGCCAAACAUCAAAGUACUCUGCCUCGGAAUGGGGCUUUUCUGUUAUAUACUCAGAAACACCUCCCUUUGAUGGAAGAGCAAAGUUGCCCAGGAGAACUGAUUAAUGGCAGAAAUUCAGUAACAAUGCAGCUGCAAAAGAUGUGGUUUUUGAUGGAUGAGAAAAGUCGACAAAAGUAUCUGAAGAAGAGCUUUAGAUGUCCGGAUCCUUGUCUUUCUGUAUAUCAGCCUGAUGUUUACUUUGGUUCAGUAUCUGAAAAAUUCCUGAAUAUUGUCAGUGACUACAUAAGCAAUUGUGAGUCUCACCAAAGCGGCUCUGGCAUUUGUGAUAUUCCCUUGGACAGCCUGAAGACCCUUCUUCUUCUUAAAUGGCAGCGAUCCUUAUGUGAUCCAGGAGAGGCAGUGGGUCUUUUAGCAGCCCAAAGCAUUGGUGAGCCCUCCACUCAGAUGACGCUGAACACAUUUCACUUUGCAGGUAGAGGCGAGAUGAACGUCACCCUUGGUAUUCCCAGGCUUCGUGAAAUUCUGAUGGUCGCCAGUGGGAAUAUCAAAACACCAAUGAUGAGUGUCCCAGUAAUCAAUACCAAGAAGGCACUGAAGAAAGUUAAAAAGCUUAAGCAAACUUUGACCAGGGUUUCCUUAUCAGAGGUUCUACAUAAAGUUGAUGUCGAAGAACAUUUACAAGUGAGGAGUUCAGUUUCCAGACGCAGAGUUUACAGAAUAACUUUCCACUUUCUGCCAUAUGAGUGCUACCAAAAUGACAAGUGCUUGACUCCAAACCAGAUUCUUCACUAUAUGGAAUCUAGGUUUUUUCAUAAAUUAUUGGAUGCAGUUAAAAAGAGAACAUCAAAACUGGCUUCUUUUAAAGCCGUUAAUGUUCUUAAAGCUUCAAAAAGAGACCUGGACAUGGAUGCAGAGGACACUGGAGUCAACCUGGCCAAUGAUGCCAAUGAAGGAGACGUUGAAGAGGAAGCCCAAAUAGUUGAUGCUGUAGCAGAUGAGGGAGAUGCUGAUGCUACUGAAGCCAAGCGAAGAGAAAAACAAGAGGAAGAGGUUGAUUAUGAGAGUGAGGAAGGAGAAGAAUUAAAUGAAAAUGAUGACGACCAAGAGGAAGGUGCUGCAGAAGUGAUUCAGGAAGAUAAAGUUUUAUCUGCUGAAAAUGCUACCACCCAGGAUGAUUGGGAGUAUGGUACCCCACUUGCUAAGACUGAUAAAAAAAUGAAUACGGCUUUCUUGAAUGAAGAGAGGAUUAAUGCAGUUCUUGGCAUUAAUUCGGCAAUUGAGAGUUAUGCAUAUGACACCAAAGAGAGUCUCUGGUGUGAGAUUACAUUGAAGCUUCCUCUUAUGAAAGGGUACUUUGAUAUCACUUCACUUGUGGUGUCCCUGUCUAAUACUUGUGUGGUGCAAGAAACCAAAGGACUUAACCGCUGUUUACUGAAUGAAGUGACCAAUAAUAAAGGAGAGAGAGAGUUUAUGUUAAAUACUGAAGGUAUCAACCUGCCUGAGCUGUUUAUCUACAGUGAUAUUCUUGACCUAAACCGCCUGUACUCAAAUGAUAUACAUGCCAUGGCCAACACUUAUGGAAUUGAAGUUGCAAUGAGAGUUAUUGAAAAAGAGAUUAAGGAUGUAUUUGCUGUUUAUGGUAUUCAAGUGGAUCCUCGUCAUUUGUCAUUGGUUGCAGAUUAUAUGUGCUUUGAAGGAACUUAUAAACCUCUGAAUCGAUUAGGGAUUCAAUCAAACUCCUCCCCGCUACAACAGAUGACCUUUGAAACAAGUUAUAAAUUCCUUAAAGAAGCUGCUAUGUUGGGAGCGAGUGAUGAGUUGAAGUCUCCAUCUGCGUGUCUUGUUGUUGGGAAAGUUGUGAAAGGAGGCACUGGACUAUUUGACUUAAAACAGCCCCUCAAAUAUAGUUGAAUCUUAUGGACUCUGAAUUCAGUGCAUGAAAAUAUAAUGUAUACAUUUACACAAUGUAAGAAUAUUUUUUGAGUGUUGCCGCUUUGGCUUGCUGAUGUAAAAGGAAUAUUUAAAUCUUGGACUGUAGAGCUAAAAAAUUUUUUUUGUUGUUGUUGAAAGGUUGGAAAUAUAAGUUUCCACUAAUUGUAAAUUGUAUUUACCAGAAUUUGGUAUAUUUAUAGGGAAAAAUUAAAUAUCUAAAAUAUUUUAUGUCAAAAUCUAUUUAUUUAAAUAGGUAUCAUGCAUAUUACAGAUGAAAAUGGUGUUUGCAAUACAAAUUCAUCAAUGUGCAGUAGUUUCUUCAGAAUAUAAAAGCAGUAUUUGACUUUUGACCAUUGAUUUAAGCAGACUUUAUCUGAGUAAUUAUUUUUUGACUAAGCCAAAACAACCACAUGAUACUUUGUUACUCGGGUUGUGUUAAAUUUCAGAUAUUUAUAGGGCAGACUGCAGUUUUGAUAGCAAAUGACUAAUUAGUUUGAAUUUGACCCUUAUUUUUGUUUGAUAUACCCCUCCACAUUGGUCAUUGCUUGCCCCACACCUAAAGAAAACAAACAUCUCUUUGGAGAAAAUGGGUCAUGGAGAAAAACAUUCCCUCUGAUUUAGAGCCAUUUAUUGUACUCCCAUUUGCUUCAUACUUUCCUUUAAAUUGCUGCAGUGCAAGUCGUUUAUCAUAGUGCGGUGAACAAAUAAUAUAAGAGAUUAGCUAUUGAGUGAUCAGACUGUGUACUCUUCAUUGCUCAUUUUACCUAGUUAUCCUGAUGUCAUAAAAAUUGCAGAUGAUAAUGGAGACUGGACACACCUUUGGAGUUCUUCUCCAGUCUUACAUUGAUAUGACAGUGUUGUGUUCACAUUCUCGCUGUGAUAAAACUUGGAGCAGUUUUCAUGCAGCACCAGCAUUUUGUUUUUUUUUUUUUUUUUUUGCUGUACAUCAUAUUUUUGUAACACUUCACAUAUAACACUAUUACCAAGUCAUAGGCCGCCUUCAUAUCUAUAGAACAUAUGUAGACAGGAUUGGCAAACUCCCAUAACUUUCCACGCAGCAUUGAAAUUGCACAUCAGCCAAGGUCCCAAAAUGUUCUAAUGAAUUAAGUAUUUUUGGUUUAACUGCAUCCAUCCUUGUCAUAAAGCAGCUAAGCAAUUUGUUUAAUGCUGCUUUAAAACACAGAAAUGAGAAGACAUGUGCCAGGUUCUGGAUUUUUUUCACAUGUAUUCUGUGGAGCUUCUGCUUGGUAGGCAAGUGACAGUACGACAGUUUGGAGCAGAUUAAACCUUGUACAUUUUUUUUUUUAAGUCUACUAGGGGGCUUCGCUCACCCACUCCUGUGUUUGGUUUACCGGAUAUACAA